AUGUUUCAACGUGGAUAUCGUCUGCGCCCGUCAUCUGGUGGUGGCCAAAAUCCAAGCUCACCUGGACGUCAGUCACCGAGGCCACGGUCAAACACAGGAGUUUCACCGGCAGGAUCCAGCAGGAAUAGAAGUACUACACCUGACCCAGGCAGCAGCAGAUCUUCUAGCCAUUUGUCUGUUGGGGGACAUGGAAACAUUGCACAUCCCCAAAGUUCUUGCUCCACCAGCGGCGAAGCCCUAGAGAUACCUCGAGUUGGAAUCCAGCCACCCUCAAGCCCAACAACGUCGCUUGAUGAGCCAAUCAGUGCAGGAAUUCGUCGCCGCAGGGACAGCGGACCUUCCAACCAUGGGGAUCCCACCAAGCUCACACCUCAACGUACGAAACGCUUGAAAAUAUAUGCAAAGAAGGCUUGUGAAGAAAAUGAUGUUCCACACGAAGAAGUGAUGACUUUCAUUGAUUCUGGCGACAUUUUCUAUAUGCUCCUGGACCUGAAGAUCACCCUCAUCAAAUUCUCUGAGGGAAACGCGGUCAAGAGAUUGCAGGAAUUAAAGGACGCAUUGGAAUCGAAGGACUUUGAGAAUGGACUUUACAACCGCUUGUUUGCUUGCAUGCUGUCGCCGAAUAUAACGGCAUAUGUCACUGAUACUCAGUCUCAUAUAAUGGACUUUAUUUCCAAGAAUAGGGAUAUCUUCAAAAUCCCCCCUGGACUUCUCGAUGACGUUGAGCUCAGAGCUCAGUUGGGCAAGGCAGUCACAAAGCUGCUCACAAAUAUUCGGAGUGCCAUGAAGACCGCUCUCACCACAUCAAUCGUCAAGCGCACAAGCAUCGCUGAUGUGACCAGGUCACUUGCACGCAGCGGGUCUGGCAUGGAGGUCGACUCCACUCAUUGGAACAGGAUGGCAUUUCUUCGGCGCCUUCUGCGGAUUUUUCUCAUUGGUGUCAGCGAUUACAAGACUGCCUCCAUUGAGGAUUUAUUUUCCGCUUACCUUAUUCCAUCGCUCAAGCAAGAUUUACGAGACAAAGUCGCGCGCGAGCUUCAUAUCGACAUCGGACAGCUUGAGCGAGAGUUAUUUGAUGCUGACCUCGAUUAUGUGCCUCAGACUGGUGUCACUCCAAGUCAAGCUCCCAUGGAAGCCAACGGCAAUCAUACGCCUGGUGCCAGGUGGGAUGAGAAUGAUGCUGGCAUGGGUGACGAACAGCGUGUAGACCAAGGUGGAGAGCAGCAGGAUGAUUUGGAUGUGAACGGAGGGGAUGAGGAAUCAAAUGUGAGCGGCGGUGCUAGUCCGGUCUUACUUGACGACCCACUCGACUCUGGAUUUGGACUGGUUGAAGGCACGCCAGUGCGGUACAACAGUACCACUAAGUUCUGGAACUUCGUUGACUACUCACUCUCAAACAUGCGCAAGAUGGCCGACGACUCCUCAUCAAUUGUCACCGAGAAGGAAAAGGAGUUGCAGAAGUUGUUCAUCGAAAUCUUUCAAGCUGAUCUCGCUGAGUUUCCUGGUGGCAAGAAGGUCUCGAAGCUAAUUUCAAAGACCAACCCACGCUGGCAGACCACUAUUCAGUCUGGACUCAUUUGGUGA